AUGGACACCAGGAGGAAGUCCUCGAAGGUAAACACAGGUGGCCUGGGGCAGGCCAGUGAGCCUCCCCCACCUACCCGCAUCCCCCUGUGUGUGGGGGGGAUGAAGGGGGAAGAUGUGACCCCAGUGGGCAGGCGUGGGACCUGCAUGGUGGGGAGCAUCCAGGGAAACCGGCUGGACAAGCUGGUGGCACAGCUGGUACCUGCCUUGCUGGGCGGUGACCGCUCCUUCCUCUUCACCUUCCUGGGCACCUACACGGCUUCUGCCACCACCCAGCAGGUGCUGGAACUUCUGUUCCUAAGGUACGGCUGCAUCCUCCCCUACGCUGAGGAGGACGGCGGCCCCCUGCACCAGCUCAGAAUGGCCAUGACCUCCAUCCUGGGCACCUGGCUGGACCAGUAUCCUGAGGAUUUCCACCAGCCUCCCGAAUUUCCCUGCCUGAAGAUGCUCUUGGCUUACCUCGAGCUCAGCAUGCCUGGCUCAGCCCUGGAGCACAGUGCCCGCCUUCUCCUGGCACAGCUGGAGCAUCUGGAGCCCAUGGAGGCAGAGGGUGACGGACCAGCUCCAGAGCAAGCUCUAGAAACACCUGGAGACCCAGAGCCAGCUACAGCCCUCGUGCCAGCUGCAGCUCCACAGCCCCAUAAAAUUCAAACCAUAGCGCUUAUUCACGUUCAAGCUUUAGGUGAAGGGGACAUGCCAGCUCCAGUGCCAGAGCCAGAGCAAGCUCAAGCCUCAGCUCUCGUUCAUGUUUAAGCCUUAGAUCAAGGGGACAUGCCAGCUCCAGUGCCAGAGCCAGAGUCUGACCAUGUCCUAGCUGUCAUUUCAGGUCAGAGCUAAGAAACCACUUUCUCAGCCUCCACUUCUAAAUCCGCAUGAGAUCCAGCAAGCUCUGCUCCCAAUUUCAAAGCCUGAAUCACCCCGGAAACCUGUCCCAGUGCUUCCCCUCCAACCUCAGCCCAUUUACCCCACAGCCUCUGCUCCAGAGCUGAAGCCUCAGCAAGGGCACUGCCCCUGCUCUGAGCCCAUCAGGCUUGGGCACCUGCUGUGGCCUGGAAUGUCCUCCAGCUCCAGGUCUAGGUCUAGACACCACGGCAGACCCCGUUCUUCCAGUUACUCCAGGGCUGGCGCCAGCUCCUCCCCUAAUAUCCCUGGAGCUGGACCAGGUCAGCAAGAGCCAUGAGCACCGGCUCCUGUGGUGCCUUCAGGGCCAGAGGACGAGCUGCCCCAGUGCCAGCAGCAGCCCUGGAGCCUCCCUUCC